AUGGAGCCGCCAGUUGAUCCGGAUUGGCAGUGGGUGGGCUGCAACCGUACGGGUGAUAGCCGCAAAGGAGGCGGCGUAGGUGUGCUGUGGCGCAGCAAUGCAGCUUGGGUGCCAAUGAAGGGGACCUGUGAUGAACACAUUUGGGUUACUGGUAGCAUUCUUGGUGAGUCUGCCCUCUUUGGUGUGGUGUAUUUAACGGUGACAAGUGGACCACACGACGGCAACGACAAAGUCCUACAGUGUAUCGUCGAAGAUGUGAAACGGUGGGGUACAGACCGCGAAGUACUGUUGAUGGGAGACUUCAACGGACACAUCCCGGCCACCGACGGGUACUUAGACUACAACGGGGAGCUGUUGUUGCGGUGUGCGGAGCAGCUCUCCUUGGAGAUCGUCAACCUCCGUAAUGACUGUGAGGGGUGCUUCACCUGGUGCGCUCGUAGCAGCCGCUCUACCAUAGACUAUGCGCUGGUGACUGCAAAACUGGCCGCUCGCAUAGCACAGGUACAUAUCGAUGAAGACGGCCAGUUCAGCCUCGGAAGCGACCACAAUCGCAUACGGCUGUCGUUCUCCAAGGGCGGCUUUCGUACAGGCUGCAGGUCACCUCCACCGAGGCGUGGCAUGUACUUGCCGAGCAAGUCAGUCGAGAGGGUCGCCGAGGAUUUUGAAAAUUGUCCUCAACGGCGGAAAUCCCACACAUAUAGUGAGUUUGUGGGCGCUUUGGACUCUGUAAUGCGUACCCUGAUGGUCCAGGAACGCCGGCGGGGACACAGACCACAGAACCCAUGGUGGGACAGAGAAGUGGAAGUGGCGUGGAAAGAACGCCGCCAAGCAAAUCGGGAACAUCGGAGGACCGUCAUAGGUCCCGACACUGAGGUAUGUGCAGAGAAAUGGGCUGUGUAUCUGGACCAAAAGCACAAGGUGCAGGCCCUAGUUCAAUGCAAGAUAGCAGACUACAACCUUAGGCUGAUCCAGUCCAUCAGACAGGAAGGAAGAUCCGCAGCACACAAGUUUUGGACAUACGUCAGGUCCUUGGACAGGGCCGCCCCCCCGCCACCUCCACUCGUAGAUGCGGCAACGGGGCAGCCGGUCACCGAGCCGUGUGAAUACAUUACACAGCACUUCUCCCGGAUUUUCGGGGCCUCAGGCCUGACUACGACCACCCCCCUUACUGAAGAGGAGGCAGCCAGUCCCAAUACUGAACAGUCUCCAGGCCAGGAAGAACCACCCUGGGCCUUCUCAAGGCUCACAGUUGAACGGGCUUUGAAGCGGGUUAGGGCCCGAACGGCCACUGGCCCCGACGGCAUGCCAGCGCGCGUACUAAAGUGCUUGGGAGAGAACUCGAGGGAACAGCUCGCAGAGAUCCUCACGGCCAUCUUCGAAGGCGAGCCCAUCCCCAAAGAAUGGCAUGAGGGCAGGGUGAUUCUUAUCCCCAAACGGGGCGGUGAUGCGAGAAACAUAGAGGACUACAGGCCAAUAACGGUCACCAGCGUUAUGUAUCGCGUAUUCGCGGGAGUGAUCAAAGCAUGGUUGAGUGACUGGGCGGAGACCAAGGGACUACUGACCGAGCUCCAGAAUGGCUUCAGACCAGGCAGACGGCUGGAUGAUAUUCUGUUCGUCGUCACGCAAUGUGCAGAAAUAGCCCGAAAGGAGGGGAGGACGUUGUUGUGCUGCUUUCUGGAUGUUGAAAAAGCGUACGAUAACGUGCCCCAUGGCCCUCUAUUCGCAUGCUUAUCUGACCUUGGACUACCACAACUGCUGAUCUCCACUAUACGACGGAUGUACAGCGAAAAUGUAGUGAGUGUGCAGUUGGGUGACAUAAUCACUGGCCCUAUUCGUGUAAAUAAGGGUCUGAGGCAGGGCUGCCCACUGUCGCCAUUGCUGUACAUCCUGUACGCAUCCAGACUAGAGUGGGCCUUGCUGAACUCAAACCUUGGAUUCAGCAUGCGUUUCAGCACAACUAGUGCCAGCGAGAAUCACCACCUGCCUGGUUUGGCUUUUGCGGACGAUCUCGUUCUUAUGGCAGAGAGUCAGCAGGAGCUGCAAUCCCUCCUCGACAUCUGCCAGACAGAAAUCCGAAGUACAGUCUGCACGAGACCAAGAUUCGACAGGCUGCGCUGCAGGCUCAACGAAUCCUCCGUCGUCGAUGCCUCUGGGGUUGCAACCGCUUCCAAAUGA